GCCCAACUAGCCAUUUGAGGGGAAAACAUAUGCACAAAUUUGAAGCAGCUCAAUUAACGAGUGAGAGGACAAAAGCGCAGGAAAAGAGGCACAAGCAUGAAGGAAACUGCAACUCGUAAUGGAGCAUAUAGUGAAGUACAUAGCAACAUUCCGCGUGUGAUGGUAAGAAACCAAUGAACGGAUUGAUGAACCAACUUUGCCAGCAACCCCCAACAACGUUGUCGUUGUACAUAUAAAAACUGAGCGUAAGAGUAACUCGAAGGCGCGGGCACAUUUGGCGAGGAAGAAAUGUAAACAUAAAAAGAGAAAGCGCCACUCGCUGGAAGAUUUGAAGUGGGAAGGCAUUCCAUUUUAGCAUCCUAUAACGUCACAGGUACGCCGCAACGGGCUUCACAACUGCUAUCACCCUCACUACCGCCUCCUCACCACCGCCGGCGCACCAUGUCCACGUUCGCCAGACGGAGGAUAAUUCAAGACUUAAACAAAAUCAACAAGGAUCAGAACAAAAGCUUCGAGGCCGCCCCAUUCGCAGACAACAUCAUGUGUUGCCAUGCAAUCAUUAGGGGCCCGGAAGAUACCAUAUGGGAAUGUGGCAUUUUCCACUUAAUCAUUAACUUUUCAGAAGAGUACCCCGUAAGUCCCCCCAAAGUGAAGUUCCUGUCAAAAUUGUUUCACCCAAAUAUAUACACCGAUGGAAAUAUUUGCCUGGACAUUUUGCAAAACCAGUGGAGCCCCAUUUAUGAUAUAACUUCGCUGCUGACGUCUAUUCAGUCUUUGCUGAAUGACCCGAACACGUCUUCCCCCGCGAAUCCGGAGGCGGCUCGGAUUUUCAUUAACAACAGGAAUUUGUACAAUAGGAGAGUUUUGAUGUGCGUGGAGGAUAGCUGGGAAAUACCCAAAUUUAACAUGAACAGCUUUAGUUAG